AUGCUCAUCGGCUUAUGUGGAGGCAUUUGCGCUGGCAAACAUGCGAUUGCCGAGUAUCUGAUCCAGCAAGGGUUUCAACUUCUUGAACUCGCUAGCAAACCCCAAUCCCAUAUCACCGAGUCGGGAGAUGAUCUGCGACUCCAAGCGUCGGAAAUCAGAAAGAAAGAGGACCCUAAGUCGUCAGAACUUACAUUUCAAGAUGCCGACUCUUUACUCGACUUUGCGACAAAAAGAUGGCAAGAACGCUGGGUUACCACAGACAUUUCAGAUGCAACUACCCUAGAUCGAUUCCUAUUGCGCCCCUUCUUCCUCCUCGUGAGUGUCGAUGCACCAGUUAGCCUCCGAUGGAAACGAUUUGCCGACAGGUGUUGGAGAAGACAACUGGAUCCGCCUGAGCUUGAAAAGUUCGUAAUGUGGAACGACCAUAAUCUUUACGAUAAGGAUAUUGGACGUGUAUACUUGACCGACAAAGCUCAAUUGCGCCUAUUCAACUCCUCGUCGUCCCUCGAAGAGCUACACUCGGCUUUGCAGACCCUCGACCUGGCAGACGAACAACGGUUGAGGCCAAACUGGGACCAGUACUUCAUGCAGUUGGCAUCUCUUGCCGCUCAAAGAAGCAACUGCAUGAAAAGAAGAGUCCACGGUGCAAUCGCGGAGAUGGAGGAGGAGUCGGUCUGUCAACCUGUCUUUGCCUUCAUGCCGAAGAAAAUGCAUUACUGGAAGCAGGCCGCGAGAGGAUUCGAGAGGGGGCGAUCCUCUAUUGUGAUACCCCAAGUUGGAAUUUCGGAGGUCGUUUAUUCUCAAGGGUACAACAUGGAUAACGACAGUGCAGCUAUCUUACAAGAAGCAGGCGUCCGGCUACGGCAAUUCCACCCGCCUACAAAUGGCCUCAUCUACCUCCAGGCACCCGAGAGACCCACAAGCGAGGACCAAUAA